AUGAAAGACGGUCACGACAGCGACAGCGACUUCCAGCUCGUCUCACCGUCGCUGAAUGGAUCAGGAUCAAAAGCAGCGGGGCCUUUCUCAAACGGCAAAGAGAUCAUCUACGACGAGCAAGUGGCAGCCAAACUCGAAGAGCUCGACACGGAAGUCGACUCCGUUCAAAGUCAGAUAGCCGAACUGCAGAAGCUACAAGACUCUCUCCUGCGCGAGCGCCGUAAAGUGUAUACCGACUACCUAAAUACGAUACAAGGAGAUACUCGAGGCUCGAAACGCAGGCUGGGUGUCGACUACACCACCAAGUCCUUCUCGUGGAGCGAUCAUGUUCGGCUGGCGGCCAUGUCGCUCUUCGGCAUCCCCUCUUUCCGCUUCUGUCAGCAGGCCGUCAUCAAUGCUGCACUGGAUGGCCGCAACGCUGUGGUGGUGAUGCCGACUGGAGGUGGCAAGUCUCUCUGCUAUCAGCUACCAGCCAUUCUUACUCCUGGUGUCACCCUUGUGGUGUCCCCACUGAUAUCUCUCAUGACAGAUCAGGUGCUGCAUCUGCAGGAAGUCGGCAUCAAGUCGGAGCUGCUUUGCGCAAGCACUUCACGCGAAGAGACCAAUGCCAUCCUCAAACAGAUACGAACCGACACUACUACAGAUCCUCGUACCACCUUUGCAUCAUCGUCCAAGUCUCAAGACUCCAACUGGAACCAGCACCAAGCAGACGGCAUCAAGCUGCUUUACGUCACUCCCGAACGCAUUGCAAAGUCCAAGCCGUGUCUAUCUGCUCUGCAGAGCGCGUACGAGCAAGGUAGGCUAUCUCGCAUCGUCAUUGACGAAGCUCACUGCUGCUCGCAGAUGGGUCAUGACUAUCGGCCAGACUAUGCCAAGCUUUCUCUCCUCCGUCGACUCUUCCCCAAGGUACCCAUCAUGUGUCUCACCGCCACGUGUGGGCCAAAGGUGCUCAAGGAGAUUCUCGAAAUCAUCGACCUUCCAGCGAUCACUGAGCCAGACAACGCCGCACCCAUGCGUACUAUCUACUUCAUCGCACCCCUCUUCCGACCCAAUCUCAAGUACCAGGUAGUUCAGCGUCCAAAAGAGGCAAAAGCUGCCUCGGAAGCCAUCGUAGACUACAUUCUCGAGCAUCACGCUGGCGAAAGUGGUAUCGUCUAUUGCCUCUCACGACCAGAUACCGAAGCGACCGCCAAGGCGCUCACAGAGAUCAGCAACGGUCGCAUCGCAACUGGUCAUUACCAUGCCGGUCUUGACGAUGCCAGCAAGCAACUCAUCCACACUCACUGGCGAACAGGUCAGAUCCAGGUCGUCUGUGCCACCAUUGCCUUUGGCAUGGGUAUCGACAAGCCUAACGUUCGAUUCGUCAUUCAUGCCUGCAUCUCCAAGUCCCUCGAUGGCUACUACCAAGAGACCGGCCGUGCAGGGCGAGACGGUCAGGACUCGGACUGUGUCCUGUUCUACCGACCGCAAGAUUGCGUACGUGUGAGCUCUUUUGUCGCCAGCGAGCCCACCGGACAGGAGAAGCUAUCUGCGAUGCUCGAGUACGCACAAUCGGCUCGAUGCCGUCGCUGGCUGUUCGCAGAGUACUUUUCGGAUAUGUUUGACAAGGGUGACGCUCAGCGACAACGCGCCUGUGGCAUCUGCGACAACUGCACAGGUCAGCGUCAAGACCUCCUCAUCGAUGCGCGCAAGGAGAUGUAUCAACUUCUCGCCCUGCUGGCAGAGAUGUGCAGACAGGGAGGCAGGAUCACUUUGAUAAACCUCUCCGAUGUCGCCCGUGGUCUGGCUGGAGGCAAAUUCAACUUGGACCCGAACUUUAUCGACUCAGGCAAUGGCAGAGCCAGGUCGAGCGGGUCAGGCACUGCAAAGGCUGGAGUUGUAGAUAUCCAGCUGGUAGCUGGAGGCAAGAUCACCUUACAUCGCGACGUCGUUGACCGCCUGAUCGUUCACGGCAUUCUCUCCGGUUUCAUUGAGCAAAGCUAUCAAGCCACAGCCUUCACAGUCAAUGUCUAUCUCGAAACAGGGACCAAAGCAAGUCGCUUCCUACGUCACUCGCUUUCUAGCCUUUCCUCCGCAGAGCAUCUCGAGAAGCUGCCACCUGUUCAGAUCUUACCGCCAAUUGCCACAGCCACUGCGCAAACAACCAAGCGACCUCCGACAACCUCGAGCACAAUUGACGGUCAAGGUCAACCACCACCCAAGGCAAAAAAGGGUCGAACAUCAUAUCGGGACGCGCCAACCGAAGCGGCUGUCAAAGGGCGGCUGCGUAGAAGUGCUCGUGCUUUGCAGCAAAGACAGCGACAGCACGACGGCGGUGCCUCGCAGUCCGACGCUAUUAUCAUCGAUUAG